AUGCCGGAAGACGAGGUGCUCGUAGCGGAAGACGAGGUGCUCGUGGCGGCAGUGCUAAUAGAAGACAAGGUGCUCGGGGCGCCAAUGCUGGUGGAAAAAGAAAUCUUUGUCGAAGGCAAAGAUAGGGAGAUGCUCGGGGCAACAGCGCUGGUGAAAGAGUACAUGCUCGGGGCCAAGGCGAUGCCGGAAGAGGAGGUUCUCGUAGCGGAAGACGAGGUGCUCGUGGACACAGCGCUAGUAGAAGAUGAGGAGGUGCUCGAGGCUACAGCGCUGGUGGAAGACGAGGUGCUCGAGGCAACAGCGCUGGUGGAAGAAGAUGAGGUGCUGGGGGCCACAGCGAUGGUGGAAGACGAGGUGCUCGUGGCGACAGCACUAGUAGAAGACGAGGAGGUGCUCGAGGCAACAGCGCUGGUGGAAGACGAGGAGGUGCUCGAGGCAACAGCGCUGGUAGAAGACGAGGAGGUGCUCGAGGCAACAGCGCUGGUGGAAGACGAGGAGGUGCUCGAGGCGACUGCGCUGCUAGAGGAUAAGGAGGUGCUUGAGGCGACUGCGCUUGUGUAG